AUGCCUCGUACAACGAUAAAAAGCUCCGAGGACGAACAGGCGGAGAUCGACAGCAGAAAACGAAAAAAAACGGUGGAAAAGGUCUGUCGAAACCUGAACGUCACGAACGUUUUGAAAGCGCCAGCAAACCGCAGGGAUAGAAAGAAGCUUCUUCAGAGAUUCAACGUCCUGCAUCAUAUUAUUGUAAACGAAAAACACAAGGUCCUGUAUUGUUUUAUACCAAAGGUUGGAUGCUCAAAUAUGAAGAGGAUAUUUUUGGUUAUGCAAGGCUUAUACCCAAGUAAAUUUACGGAGGAACAGAGGGAGCACAUGUUAAAAAACUUUUACAAAUUUCUGCUCGUACGCGAUCCCAUGGAAAGGCUUGCUUCGGCGUACAGAAAUAAAUGGCAAAACGACCGUAACGUCGAACUUCACGCGAAUCUGGGAAAACGGAUUAUAGAGAAGUAUCGCUAUAAUAACACUAGGAAGGCAGAACAUGGCCAUGAUGUUAGUUUUACGGAGUUUUCGCGGUAUUUAUUUGACACCCCACCUUGGGAACUAAACGAACAUUGGAUAACCUACGAGGAUAUCUGCCGUCCGUGCAACGUGAAGUACGAUUUCAUUGGUUCUAUGGACACGAUCGCACGCGAUGUGCCACAUCUGAUGAGGAAAAUACAUGCGGACGAGACGAAGUAUCAUCUCAAACAUGCGAGGCGGUGCGCCGCCGCUGACCAAAACCAAAGCGGCGGUACAAAAUUUACUACGCGAACUUCCGAAGAAGUAUUUUGA